AUGGAGCAUGGUUAGAAUCAAGAAUGCCUGAUCAUUGUAAUGGGGGAUGCUCAACAAGAGAGAGCUGCAAUGGCCACAGCCCAUAACAUGAUGCCUGCUAACAAAAAGGAGCUCAUGAAUAAUGCCAUGAAGAGGACCACUGAGUGGAUAUUUUCUCAGGAGAUCUUGAGCGACGUUACAAUCAGCGUCCAAGGAGUAUCUUUUUCGUUACACAAGUUUCCAUUGGUGUCAAAAUGUGGUUAUAUUCGGAAAUUGAUGUCAAACUCAAGAGAGGCCGAUCACUUGGUUGAAAUCAAUGAUAUCCCAGGAGGGCCAAAGGGAUUCGAACUUGCAGCAAAGUUUUCUUACGGCAUAAACUUCGAAUUAACCUUUGAUAACAUUGCGAUGGUUAGAUGUGUGGCCGAGUUUCUUGAAAUGACAGAGGAUUAUGCAGUCGGUAACCUCGUAGCAAGAACCGAGGCCUAUCUAAAUGAAGUGGGAUUUCGAACAUUGGCUGGUGCGGUUUCCAUCUUACAAUCAUCAGAAAGCCUCUUACCGAUGGCUGAAAAUGUGAAACUGAUCACUCGUUGUGUAGACGCUAUAGCGCUCAUCAUCACGACAGAGAGCCAAUCUUCUUUAUCGACUAGCAUAGAUUUCAGCAGCAACGGUUUAGAUUCUUCAUCGUCGUCGCUAAAAGGAGUAGUUGAUUUGUGGGCUGAAGACUUGACUCUUCUUAAAAUGCAUACCUUCCAAAGGGUUCUUCUUGCUAUGAUUUCGAGAGGAUUCGAAAAGUAUGCACUUGGUCCGAUUCUAACGUAUUACGCCCAAAAACGUCUUCAGGAUUUGGAGAUAUUAGGAAAGAGCAAGAACAAAAGUGAGCCGAAUCAAGAAAAUGAGACGAGGGUUGUUUUAGAAACGAUCGUUAGUCUCUUGCCAAGGGAAAAGAAUGGAGUGUCGGUCAGGUUCCUUUCGUUGCUUCUACGAUCUGCAAUAUACCUCGAGACCACGGUGGCAUGUCGGCUAGAUUUGGAGAAAAGAAUGGGGUUACAACUUGGCCAGGCUCUCUUGGACGAUAUCUUGAUUCCUUCUUUUCGGUUCGAUGGUGACACAUUGUUUGAUAUUGACACCGUGCAACGGAUCUUGAUGAAUUACGGUGAAUUUGAAGGCACACGCGAUGAAAUGGAGAAAGUUUCGAAGCUCAUGGAGAACUAUCUUGUUGAAAUCGCUUCUGAUUGCAACUUAUCGGUGUCAAAAUUUGCAAAUCUCAUCGAACAUAUACCAAAUCAAGAAAGGGUAACAGAAGAUGGAAUGUAUAGAGCCGUUGAUAUAUACUUGAAGGCUCAUCCGGUUUUAAGCGAUACGGAAAGGAAGAAACUUUGCGGUUUGUUAAACUAUCAAAAGCUAUCCGCUGAGGCGUGUGCUCAUGCUGCACAAAACGAACGGCUUCCGGCAGAAACCGUGGUUCAAGUUCUUUACUACGAACAACAACGGUUACAAGAGACGAUGGAUGAUGCGUCUAAACCGAGCCCAUUUCUGGAAGGUAUGUCAAGCUUACAGAAGGAAAAUGAGGAUCUAAAAUUAGAGCUUUUGGAAGUGAAAUGUAGAUUGAAAGAAGUCAAGAAAUCGUAUCCCGAUAAGUCACCGUCACGUGGAAGAUCGUUCAUGAGCUUGGUGUCAAAAAAGUUUGUGAAAUUGACUCCGUUUCUAUGGGCCGAUCAUGGGAUUUCACCUUCAAGUACAAGAAGCAGGAAUAAGGUGAGUAAAGGCAGAAGACACUCAAUUUCUUGAAUGCAACCAUGUGCACCAAUGCUUGAUUUUUCGGCUACUUGAGUCAACUUGGACUCGGACAUUGAGUCGACUCACACUCGGAGUCGGACGCUAAGUCGACUCGCACUCGGAUUCUGACUCAGAUCGGAUACUGAUUCAGAGUCUUGACUUUUGUACGAUUUUUUACCCUCUAUGUUUUAGUUUAAUGUAUAAUUGUGUAAAUUUUUUAUAUCCAAGGCUUGGAAUUCUUGAUGAUGAGUGAGGGAUGAUGUUGUAACUAGGUACAUUUUGUGUACAUAAAUGAAUAUUAUAUUGUAUUAUGUCAUCAUAUCAACAGGUUU